UUUAUUACAUGACCUUCAAGAAGGAGCAAGUUUCAAUUCUCAAUUCCAAGUGUAUGACAUCCAACCUUAUACACGCGACGCAACUUACCGCAAAAGGAACGACAUGCGCAUUGGUUCUGAGCAGCCAAAUCAACUAACUAACUAGCAACAAACCACUUCCUCUUCUUUGUGCCUCCUCCGCAAAUAUAUCUCCGAGCUGAUGUUGAAGUUUCAGUCUGUGUCUGAUGGUCAUUAUGUUCAACCGGGACCAAGCAGCUCUGCUCUCCAUUCAACUAUAUGUUAUGGGUCAGGUCUUUGCAGAGAUUCUUUCACAGACAGAUGAGCACAGGAAUAUGCUGGUGUCCAGGGGAGACCCCGUCAUCCUCAUUUGCAACAUAUCAAAGACAAAUGCAACGCAAAUCAUCUGGACCAAAGGCAGAUCUUUUUUUGCUCAUCUAGUCUCAGACAAUAAGACUGUUUCAAAUUUCACCUCUCACAAAAUAGACAUAAACUUACCUUCAAAGCUGAAUAUUUCUAAUGUUCAGCAUGACGAUGCAGGACUCUAUAAAUGUGAUAUAACUGACAGACAAGGUAGAUGGACUAUCAAGUGGAAUUUAACAGUGUCUGGGGAACCUCAAGAUACAAGCAAAGAAAUCAGUCCAUUGCGGUCUUUUCUAUACAUACUUACAGCUGUAACUGGAUUGCUACUAUGUGUCUUCACUUCAGCUGUCUGCCUCCACAGAUCCACAGACCCUGGAAUGUCAAAACAGAGAUCCUUGUCGUAGGGUCCCAGCACUUAGCAGAACACAUUCUGCCUACGACUGGUCCCCUAUUGGACAACAUCAAGCCUGUUGCAAAAAACUCGGGGCCAGGACACCAAACCAGAACCCAGUCCAGGAGCAGUUUGAUCUUCAGUCGGAAGGAGAGGUGGGUGUCCCUCAGCCGCAGGGUGUCACAGACAGUAGGGCAAAUUACAAACACGGGAGUCAGUACACGGAGAGACUCAACUCAAUCUACGGUCUCUGAGCUGACAAUGCAUUUAAAUGAAAGUUAAACAAGAGACAUGGACAAUCAGAGGAAGGACAACUGGGUCCCUGAUGCCUUUGGCUCAUCUAACAUUAACACAUUAAAACCAGAGCUGUCACUUUAGGGAUUUUUUUUUACUUUUACUUUACUUACCUUACAUGGUACUCUGUGUAUUUUAAUAUGUUGUUAUGUAUAAGUUGGUUUUAUGAGUAGUAUGCUGUGUUGAAUGUUUUCACGUCUGUCAAUGUUAGUUGUAAUGACAAUAAAGGUAUCUCAACU